AUGAGUGCGCCUGUGAUCGAUGCAAAUACAGCGGCGCCACCUCCCCAGCCGCCGUCUUGGGGCGACUCAAAGGUGGCGUCGCUGCAAUCCACCACUAUAGCGUCCUCACUUGCCUUGCCAGAGAAGCAGCCCGCUGCGCCAGGUGUGACAGAUGGUCUUGCACCGGUGGCAGCGGCAACGAACUCGCACGAGUCUCCGUCACUCCCUACACCCCCCGUGCUUGCUCAAUCACAACCACCCGCAGCUGCACUCCGCCCGACAGGCGUCUCGCUUCCCUCAUCCUCCGCACCUGCGCUAACCUUUUCGGCUCCGGCAAAGAGCAACGCCACGCAGCGCAAGGUGGCGAAGCUGCUGGACAUCUCAACCAGCAGCGAGAUCAAGGACCUGGCGAGUUAUGUGGACAGCAUAUUGCCAGGCUACUUCUAUUCCUUGGGUGACAAUGACAAGCAGGAACCCAGCAGUGCUGAGGUUGUGAUCACCACCAGCCACAGCUCCCCAUCGGCACUGUCGAGCACGGCAUCCAGCAACAGCAAUAACAGCAACAAGGCCAUCACCUCAACAGCACUUCGCAGCGCCCUCGACCAUCGCACUAUCAACGUACACAAGAGCUUCCUGCACGAAUUUACGGCCGUCUACCAGAGCUACCAGCGUGUGGCCGCGCUAGUCAACGAGCUACAGUCGAAGUGCUCCAGCUUAGAAAACACGCUGAACACCACCACGGGCGACCCCAGCAGGGAGGUGGAGGACUUCUUUUACCAGAUUCAGGCGUACCAAGCGGAGCUGCAGCUGGUGCAAACCCACGACAAGGAGGUUGAUGAGUUCCGCAAGCAGCACCACUUCGGCGCCGCUGAGCAGCAAGUACUCGAGGACGGGCCAGUCGAUAUGACCUUCCUCAACGUGCUGGAGCGGGCGCGGCAGGUGCACCGACGCAGUAGCGAGCUGAUGCACUCCCAGGAAUACCACCAAGGCGCAGUGGCAGUUAUGGAGGCCACGUAUGGGGCUAUAGCUCGCGCUACUGAGAAGAUUGCACGCCAUCUUCUCUCCACUACCGCCAGUGGCGACCGCAGCACCGCGACCCUCGCCGCUGGCGGUGUUGGGUCGAUCGCGGCGGAUAUGCCGGAGGUCACGGGCUUCCAGUUGCGAUGUGUGCGACUCCUGUACGAGGAAAGUCCAACGCUGCACGAGAAGUUUCUCGAUGAGGUCGCGCGGAUGCGUCGGGCGUCAGUGCUGCGGCGCUACUUCCACCUCCUUACCACGGGCUCUGCGAACACGUCCACUGGGCUUUACCAGUCCGGCGGUCAGCCCUCCGCGUGCGACGACGGCGGUGAGAGUAGGCACGGUAGCGACGAGGCAGGGAGGGGGGCCCGCCCUCUCGAGGCGGAGCUGAACAACCCCACCUACUUCUUCAGUUCACUUUGUGCAUGGCUGCACCAGACCAUCGUCGAGGAGCAGGACUUUCUCCAGAGCUUUUUCGUAGGCGAUGAGCGAGAAGUCGGUGUGGGAGGACGGCGCAGCCACUCUACCACAGCGGCGCUAUCGUCGUCGCUUCCACAGGCUGGAGGUGACGCUGCACGAGCGGCGCACGACGCAGCGCGGCAGCAGGCGUUGCUCGACAGCGUGUUUGGAGGUGUGUGCAAGCACAUCCGGGCUGCGCUCGACAAUGUUCUGGAGCGACUGGGGCGAACAGCGGCAGCACUCGGCGCGGCCACGGGCGAUUUGGAGAGUGAAGGCAGAGCUGCCGGGCGCAGCAGCACCGCCCGUGCAGACAGUACAGGAGCCGUCGCUCCCCACAAAGGCCCACGUGGCCUGACUGGUGGCCUGACACGCCUGUUCAUGGCCGCCACUGGCCGCGCACCCUCCGGAGCCUUCCGCGGUGCUGGACAUGACGAGUCCAACGCGCUUCUUCAGCGAUACGCCGGCGUCACCACGCGCGCGCAGCAGGAAGCCGUCGCUUCAUCUAUGUUGCGCCCCCUUUUGGAAGGAAUCCAGAUAUGCGUGACGCUUGUCCAGCUCUUUGAGUACUACACGGCCACGACGUUUGUGCCGCUGCUGGGGGGUGGCUCAUCGCUCACCCGGCUGAUUCGCAAAACUGCCCCGGAGCAAGCGCGGGGGCUGUUCCAACGCCUACUCCAUGUAUUGGAGGCACACUUGCUGGACAGUACGGCGGGUAUCAUCGGCCGCACCGCGACGUUGCGGAGGUUAGCGUCGUCUAAUGCGCUGACGCAGGCGACUGACUGUGACGACGCCGCAGGCACCCCGCCACUUGCAGCAGAGCACCGCACCGCCACGAAGGGCGGCUCUGCUGCGUUUGUACUCGACUUCCUCGUCGCCUUUACGUACGGCAGCGACGCGAACGUCAUCGGUGGCGUGGCCAAUCUCUCGGAGAGUGCACUGCUGAACGACAGCGAGAGUGCCAUCUCUACACCCGUCUCCACCCUUUCCGUUGCCACCUCGGCGAUUCGGUUCAGAGAGGCAAAUGACGGCCAACUGCAGCGUCACAGCGCGCACGACCUCCGGCGCGUCCUAUCGCAGCUCAUCCUGCCCCCAUCCCCCGAAGUGGCGGAGUACUGCGCCGUCGUGCACUCGGUUCUUCAGGACACUGCGCGUCAAAUCGAGCUGCUUGGUGCGAUUACCGAGCAGCAACGCGCUGCGGCGGCGCCUGGGCGCAGCUCUAGCGACCAGCAGUCCGCCUUGGACCCUGGUGCCGCGGCGCUGGCUACGGAUACUGAAGUGAAGUGGUUUGUGCAGGAACUGCUGCAGUCGCUGCUGAAGACCGCGCACUCGGUGGGUGCGGAAGGGCCGUUGCGGACUAAUCUCGAUGAUGCGUGUCUCGCUAUUGUCGAGUAUAACGUACUUCAUCAGCUGCGCAACGUGCUUGAGCAGCACGCGACGGUGCUCGGGGUGCUAUUCAACGGGUCAGACGCACAGUGCCAAGAGGCUAAGCAGACUUUGAACUCCAUUCAGGAAGAGUGCGUCACCACCAUGAUCGCUCUGCGCCAGCGCCUCUUGUCCGCGUGGGCAAACGCCAUCAAGCUCUUCUAUUUUCCUGUGUCGACUAGGACCAUCGUCGCGGCGAUGUCGAGUCUUGCAGCCGUGGAAGCGGAUGAGAAACGUUUCGCCACAAUCAAGAAGGAUGUGCGCCGCGUGCUGAAGCAGUUCAUAAAUGUGUACAAUACCGUCGCCUCCUUGGGCCACUUGCCAGAACCUGUGCCCCUCCUGCAGGCCCUCGCUGGUGGUGAAGAUAUGUGCGAAGAAGUGCGCCGGAAAGUCACGCUGAACAUCGUGGAAGACGUGUAUCCGGCAGAGUUCAUGAUGUUGUCUUCUUUUCCGCCCAUCGAAGAGGUGGUGGAGGUGCAAACCGAAAUGGCACCGCAAAAUUUGCUCAAGCUGGUCGACUUCAGCUCUCCCGCACUCGCCACAGCAGUGUAG